AUGGAAACAGUUACAUGGAUUCCAUUAUUAACGUUACUGAUUCUCUGCUUUAUGGCACGAGAAUUUCUUCCCAGAAUUGAUGCUGAGAUGGUGAAUUGCUUGGAUUCAGACAAAGAAGCUCUUAUGGACUUUAAGACUGACCUUCAUGACCCUGAAAACCGGCUUUCUUCAUGGAAGGGAAGCAACUGUUGUCAAUGGCAAGGAAUAAGCUGCAACAACACUACUGGAGCUGUUAUUGCAGUUGAUCUCCAUAAUCCACAUGGUUCUUCUAGCAGGCAUGACUUCUGGAGCCUCAGUGGAGAAAUUAGACCUUCAUUGACAAAACUGAAGUCCUUAAGACAUUUGGACUUGAGUUUCAGCACAUUCAAUGACAAUCUGAUUCCUGAAUUUUUUGGAUAUUUGAAAGAUUUGCAAUAUCUAAACCUGUCAAAUGCUGGGUUUAGUGGUGCACUUCCUCCAAAUUUAGGAAACCUCUCUAGCUUGCAGUAUCUUGAUAUCGAGUCGUUGGAUUUACUUGUUCAUAAUCUUGAGUGGGUAACAGGUCUAGUUUCACUAAGGCAUCUAAUCAUGAAUGAAGUUAAUCUUUCAAUGGUAGGAUCAAACUGGAUUAGGACACUAAACAAACUCCCAUUCUUAACUGAGUUGCAUCUAUCUUUCUGUAGUUUAUCCGGUUCCAUUCCACCUCUUACCUUUGUAAAUAUAACUUCUCUUGUUGUAUUAGAUCUUAGUCUUAACACCUUCAAUUCAAAAAUACCUGAUUGGCCUGUCAAUAUUAGCAGCGAUGUUACGUUGGAUAUAAGCAAUAGUGACUUGUUUGGAAGAAUUCCACUUGGUUUUGGCGAGUUGCCAAAUUUGCAGUUUUUAAAUCUUGCUGAGAAUGACAAUAUCAGAGGAAGUUGCAAUAAAUUGUUGAUGGGACGAUGGGAGAAGAUAGAAGUAGUCAAUUUAUUUUCCAAUAAACUACAUGGGGAACUUCCCAGUUCCAUUGGAAACUCGAUCUCAGAAAGAAUAAUAUUGAGGGAGGGAUUCCAAGAUCCAUUGGCAAACUUUGCAACCUGA